CAAGUGACACUAACCCAUAUUUACAGAUUGAUCUACAGACAUUUCAUAUCAUCUGUGCUGUGUCGACACAAGGGAAUUCUCAAGAAGAUCAGUGGGUUAUGAACUACACACUACAGUUAUCUACAGAUGGUAUAACUUGGACAGAUUACAAGGAAGGUGGAACAGUUGAGACCUUUCAGGGAAAUAAUGACAGGACCUCAGAGGUAAAACAUGUUCUUUAUGAAAGUGUUGGAGCACGCUACCUGCGAAUCUUUCCAAAUGUUUACUAUGGUGCUAGGUGUUUAAGAAUGGAGGUGUCUGGUGUUAAGCGAAAACCAGUAAAUGUUGCCCUUGGCAAGGCCACAAUUCAGUCUUCAACAUUCAACAAUACUCAGUUGGGUGUGUCAGGUGUGUCAGGGAAAGCAGUGGAUGGUAAUUCUGAUACUGAAUUUAAAAAUGGAGGCUGUACACAUACUCAGCAAGACAAUCCAAGCUGGUGGAGAGUUGACAUGGGUUCAGAGGUGCCAGUCUCUGACAUAUUCAUAGUCAACAGAUUUUCAACAUUGCCUGAUGUGAUGGCCAGAAGUGAAAACUAUAGCAUCACAUUGGGUAGCAACUCACAAGUAGCAAAGAACCCUCAGUGUAAAGGACUCUACAGUUUUGUUAACUUCAAGGCAUCAGCUGUUUGUUUCACCAACCCACUAACAACUGGCAGAUACAUAGGGAUAUCAACAGUAAAGAAACAACUUCUUCAACUCUGUGAAGUGGAAAUCAAUUUGCGAGAUAAUCUUGCAUUUAGAAAACAAACAAAUCAAAGUAGUGUACAGUAUGGUGGUGUGAGUAGCAGGGCAGUUGAUGGUAUAAGUGACCCAAACUGGAAAACUGGAAGCUGUACCCACACUGGCAGAGAUUACAACCCUUGGUGGAGAGUUGACCUGGGACAGGUUGAACCAGUUUCAGAAGUAUACUUAGUCAAUCAAGUAGACGAAUGGUUUUACAGACAGAGUAAUUUUGAGAUCAGAGUGGGCACAGUAUCUGACAAUGGAGGAAUUGCCAAUCCCAGGUGUGGUGAUAAGCAGAGUUAUAGUCUUCCAAGAGGAAAAGGUGUAUCCUUUUUCUGCCGUCCUGUUUUAUUUGGAAGAUAUGUGACUGUAAGAAGUUUAAGAGGUCAGAAGAAACACUUCACACUUUGUGAAGUUGAAGUUUAUUCUGAAAGGAGAGCUUGCCAAAUGCAGGCCAUUGGUGUGGCUAGCAAUGACACACUCCCUGAUGCCAGCUUCUCAGCAUCAAGUGAGCGUAAGGAUUUCGAAGCUUUUAAAGGUCGACUGCAUGCCUUUAGGGGAUGGCUACCCAACAGAAAUGACAGACCUGAUGAUUAUCUACAAAUUGAUCUGCAGUAUGAGUUUCUUAUUUGUGCUGUAGCUACUCAAGGGAGGUCAACUUAUGACGACUGGACAACAGAAUACAAGUUACAGCUAUCCUUUGAUGGUUCCACUUUUGUAACCUACAAGGAAAAUAAUGUUGACAAGGUUUUCGGUGGCAAUUCUGGAAGAAAUGACAUUGUCAAACAUAAUCUCAAAGAUGUGAGGGCAAGGUUCAUCCGUUUCCAGCCUGUCAAGUUUCAGAGAAGGAAAGCUUUGAGAGUAGAGGUGUAUGGAGUACUUAUAUCCAAAGUUCCCUCACAACCACCCAGUAACUUGACUUUAUCUGCAAACUCCUCUACAAGUAUUGCAGCCUCCUGGAAGUUGCCUCCUGCAUAUUCCAGACAUGGAAGCAUUACAGGAUUUAAAUUGUUCUAUAAAAAGAAAGGGUUUACAGGGUCAAUGUCUGCUAAAAGUAUCAAUAGUGGAACAACCUUUUCUGGAGAUGUUGUUAGUCUGGAGAAGUACACAGAAUAUGAAUUUCAAGUGUUGGCUUUUACACCUCAUGGUGAUGGACCAAAGAGUUCUGUUGUAGUGGAAAGGACAAUGGAAGAUGUCCCUUCAGAACCUCCUGGUGGCUUCACUGUGGCAGCCAGCUCUGAUACUAGUGUUUUGGCGUGGUGGAAGUUGCUUCCUGAAGACUCCAGACAUGGAAUCAUCAAAGGAUAUAAACUGUUUUACAAAGAAACCGGUGGGGAUGCGAACUCAGAAAGAAAAAAACUCAUCAACGAUGCAGCAAUUAGGUCUACAUCUGUCAAUGGGCUCCAAGCUGAUACGCAGUAUGACUUUGAAGUGUUAGCCUUCACGUCUGUUGGUGAUGGACCAAGGAGUUCUGUGGAAGUCAUAAGAACAGUUCUAGGUGCACCUGAUCCUCCUCCUUCCUUCAGUCAUACCCUUAAAAUACCGACUGAGUCACAUGGACCAAUGAUAACUUUAUCCUGGACAUCACCUUCACCAUCAGAUGGAGUUAUAAGGAACUAUACUGUGUUUUACCGCGACAGUGAAGAUCCACAUAAUAUUCACAAUGAGACCUUUGGACCGGACGUGUUUAGUUACACAGUUGAUGUGUUAGGAGGAGUCACCUAUUGGUUUGAGGUCAGAGCUGAGAUCAUACAACCUGGGGAUAAGGCCUAUUUGACAGUCGCUAUUCCAGAAUAUAAACCCAGGGGUGGCCCAGCUAAUGUGUUACCUACAGAGGUGAACAAGACCACCUUUAACAUUUCAUGGACAACUCUACCAAGAGAACAGAGCAACGGCGACGUCAUUCUGUAUAACGUCAAAGUAGAAUUGUUGUCUCGGGGAACACGACAGAAAAGAGCUUCUGUGAGCAGCAAAACAGUUAAUACAACAAACACAUUCAUUUUAUUGAGUGGAUUAUUGCUUUGUUCGCAAUACCAAGUGUCUGUUCGAGCUUAUACCAAAAUAGGACCCGGUCCUUAUAGUCCACCUGUAGAACUUCCGAGAACAUCAGGCCCAGGAACACCUUGGGGGUUAACUGCAACAAAUGUUGGAGCAACCCAAGUGACGCUGGGAUGGAAAGAACCGGAGCUCAUGACAAAAGAAGGCCUCAGCUAUAGAGUGAAGUAUCACGGAACAAAGCCUUACAAUGGAAGCUUUAGAGAGGAAGGUGUCCAAGACGUUGACAGUACCACUUCCUAUACUAUGAAAGGUUUAACUCCCGGUUCCACGUACGAGUUUCAGAUUAUCGUACGCUCCGUAUGUGGACUAGGAGUGGGCAAAGAAUUUCCUGAUAAAGUCGAAACAAAGACAACAGCCCCGAUUUCUCCAGCUGUACUGUCGGUGGCGAAUAAACGUAUUUCGACAACAGCUGUUGUGAUUCACUUGUGGCCUGCAGAGCAAAGAAAUGGUCCAAUAAGAUCUCAUCAAGUUAUAGUUCUAAAAGUUGUUGAUGGAGUGGAAGAUCUUCCGACUGAUUAUGCUUCAAAAAUGAAAGAUUCAAUUACCGCCGAGAUAGGAAACCUGACGUUUUAUGUUGCUGCUGAGAUAGAAAGUGUACCCGGGAAUGAAAAGUCUUGGGAAUUGACUGUUGGCGAAGGAAAAACGUAUGGAGCGUACAGAAACAAGGAACUUCAAAUCGGAGAGGACUACAUCGUGUACCAAAGAGCGAUGACUGACGGCAAUGGUGUUAAAUUAUAUGGACCAGUCAGCAAGGUUGCGAAAAUUUCUGUAACUGAAGGAGUAGGGUUAGGCAAAAAAGAGGGCUCUCAAUCUGUUAGUAUUGUGCAGAUUGCCGUUCCUGUGGUUUUGGUAAUAGUCUAGGUACCAUUGCUUAUUGGUGCAGUACUGCUGUAUCGAAGGAGGAGACAGGCUGAGAAAUCAGGCCAAGAGGUUAACAGCAACAAAGUACACGUUCCACUUGCUGAAUUCAGAAUGGAGUCAGUUGAGUCCAG